ACCAACGACAACCUCACGUACCUGUCGUAUAAGGUCAAGAUGCCCAGAGAAGCUGAGAUAUCGCUCAAUGAGCGCGAAUUCAUCAAGCAAGCGCUGCAGGAGCAGAUUCGUAUCGACCGACGCGCAUUCGACGCCUUCCGUCCGCUUGAGCUCACCUUUGGCGACGAGUAUGGCGUCGCAGAUGUUCAACUGGGCAAGACGAGGGUCAUUGCGCGCAUUUCGGUAGAUGUGACGACACCACUACCAGAGCGCAAGUUUGACGGCAUCUUCCAAAUAGUCACAGAGUUCUCUCCAAUGGCUUCUCCAGCCUUCGAAGUUGGCCGUCCCACAGAUGCUGAAGUCAUCCUUUCGCGCAUACUUGAAAAAGCCAUCCGUCGCUCCAACGCUCUCGACACCGAAUCGCUAUGUAUCAUUGCUGGCUUGAAGUGCUUCGCUCUCCGCGCAGAUGUACACAUCAUUGACCAUGAUGGCGGACUCAUCGAUGCAUCUUGCAUAGCCGUCAUGGCCGCACUACAACACUUCCGACGACCCGAUGUCCAGGUAGAAGGCGACCAAGCUACCAUCCUCAGCGUACGCGAACGCGAACCGAUACCCUUGUCCAUACUCCAUCAGCCGCUCUGCGUGACCUUCUCAUACUUCGAAGGUGAAAUAUUCCUGGUAGAUGCAAACUUGGCCGAAGAGCAAGUCAGACAGGGAGAGGUCAUCAUUACCAUGAACAAACAUGGCGAGAUAUGUCAGAUUGCGAAGUAUGGAGGAGCCACGAUCAACCCACUGGCUUUGCUGAACUGCACAAAUGUUGCAAUGCAAAAGGUCAAAGAGAUGGGUGCCUUUAUUCAGAAGAGAUUGGAAGAGGAUGCCAAAGCAAGGGAUGCCGGAGGGUUGAUGGCAGAGCUCAGCGCUGAAAAUGCCAGGUGAGACAUCGCACGAAGCAGAACAACCUUACGAGAGACUACAAGUCUGGCCAGAUGGCCAGUCUGCGACGCUUCCAAAUACUGUGGCGCGGCCCAACUUCGUCCGCCGAGCCUCUAUAUACAUCAGGAAAGUUUCCAGAAAAGGAUGCACCGUGGGCCCGCUGAUGAUGUGGGUCGGUGAUUAGUUGGCCCCUGGAACGGCUACCGGGAAAGCCGAAGACCAGAGCGCGACAUGCAAAUUCUAGAAGUAGCAUGCGAAUGUCAACGACAGUUCAGAUUAGACCAUACUACAUGUACGUUUGCGAACUCAAAACUCAAAAUCAGAUCAAAUUCGCAAU